UGGCGAACUGGUCUGAAAGAAGAAGAUGAGGAAACAGAAGGUCUACGUACAGUACAUCAAAGAAGACGUCAUUGGAUGUAAGAGAUUCAUGAAGGACCUGGUGAAUCAAACAACUAUUGAUCAGUUUAUUUUGUUAGGACUAACCAAGGACCGAAGUCUUCAGUUUUUACUCUUUGUUCUAUUUUUGAUCAUAUAUGUAUGUUCCUUCUUGAGUAACCUUUGUUUGUUGGCUUUGAUCACAGCAAAUCAUCAUCUUCAUACCCCUAUGUACUUUUUCCUUGGUCAUUUGUCAUUCGCAGACCUUUGUUACUCUUCAGCUAUUACACCCAGGAUGUUGGCAGAUUUUACCUCCGAGUCCAAGUCUAUUUCAUCCUUAGCUUGUGCCACCCAAAUGUUUUCAUUUGCCUUGUUUGCUACAUCAGAGAGCCUCUUGGUGACUGCCAUGUCAUAUGACCGCUAUGUUGCGAUUUGCCGACCACUUGUCUAUCAUAACAUCAUGAACAAGUCUACGUGUUGGGGUUUGGUAUUUGGAACCUAUUUCAUCAGCUGCCUGGCAUCAAUCACUCAUACAAUCACUGUUUUUAAAUUCCCUCUGUGUGGUUCCCAUGAAAUCAAUCACUUCUACUGUGAUAUUCCCCCACUUCUGAAACUCACAUGUGCUCACUCAAACAUCCGAAAGCUCGUUGUCUUUUCUAUGGCUUUUGUAAUGGGGGUUGUUUCAUUUUUUGGGAUCCUGAUGUCCUAUGUGUUAAUAAUAUAUAACAUCUUGAGAAUUCAUUCAGCAGAUAGACGACGUAAAGCCUUUUCGACCUGUGCCUCCCACCUGACUGUUGUUAUCUCUUUCUAUUGCACUGUAUUUGGUAUUUAUCUCCAACCAAGCAUAGGGUUGAAUUCAGAUGGUAUUGACAAGGUUUUCUCAAUUUUUUACACUGUGGCCUCCCCAUUACUGAACCCUAUUAUCUACAGUUUUAAAAAUGCAGAAGUUAAAAGGGCAAUCAUGCAUAUUCUAGGUAGGAGCAAAAUUUUAGCACGCACUUAAGAUUUUCUAGAUUUAUGUAGAUAUAAUUGUUCUUUUCUUUUCAAAAUCUUUUUAUUGAUUUCAAAGGUACAUAAACGUAAGAACGUACAGCAUUACAAUGUGGAGUAAAUGACAUGUCCA